UAAAACUCGCCGACGUGUGCGCGCGAUGCUGCGUUCAUUGAUCGGGACCCCUCCGCGACCGCAGCGCGGACCAGGGUAGUUGAGCUUGCACCCCAGGCGGGCGUUGUUUUAGGUAGUCUAUUGGCCGCAAAGCCCGCUGAAUGUGUUAGUUAAAUUUUGAACUGGUUUAUAUUUAUAAUAAUUUGCGCCGCGAAGUGUGGUUUUUUUUAUGUGAGAAGUCCAAAACAGCCAGCAAACUGUGGGGCGCAGGGGCAUUUUUUCUUCCUCCACAAGGAAUGUACUACCCGCACAUGGUGCAGACAGGUAUGAGCACGCCGUUCGGAGCGGCGGCUCCCGCCGGUUUUCCUACCCAGAACGGGGAAGUCAAAACGGAGGUUAAAGAAGUUCCUUUAUUACCACCUCCCACAGCGGCAACGACGGGUCCACCCUUCAGUCCGCCACCGCCACAACCAUCCGGAAGUGAGCAACCACCACCAGUAGCAAUAGUUAGUAGUCCUGCAAGAGGUGCGGCCGCCUCGUCCUUUCCAUGCGAACAAUCUCAGCCGCUUACAAAAGUAGAGGUAGUCGAAGGAGCGAUCGUACCACCGGCUACAGUAGGAACGCCCGAAGCUACACCCGUAGGCACAACCACAGUCACAGAUCCCGCGAAAAAUCAACCAAAGCGACUGCAUGUAUCCAACAUUCCCUUCAGGUUUAGAGACCCAGAUUUAAGAGCAAUGUUUGGACAAUUCGGUCCUAUACUUGACGUAGAAAUUAUUUUUAACGAACGAGGAUCUAAGGUAUGCAUAAAUUUAUAUUUCCAAUUAUUACAAAUUUACUUAUAAAUGAACACUUCCAAUUUUUGAGCUUUGUUGCUAUUGGGAAAAAAAAUCAAUGAACCUCUUUUAAAAUUCACAUUUUUUAUUCAUUAGGGACACUAUAACGAUUUUCUAUUGUUUGCUAUUAAACUUAAUAUUAAUGGACGUAAUCCUGAGGUUAUUUCACCUUCAUUUUCUGAACACCUGUCAUAGUGCGAGAACAUUUUUACCUGUAAACACUUUAUUAAUCGUUAGUCGGGAACGAAAUGUGAAUCAAAACAGUUUUUCAGUGGUUCAUUGUCAAGACUAUGGUUCAAAUAUUGAAUUCUCUGCCAACUCGAGUAACAUUUUCGAAAAUUAGUGCUUUUGUAUAUUUUUAUGCCUUGAACUAUGAAAUCGUGAAGUGGAACAGCACAAUUAAUCAUGUUCUGGAUGCAAUUAAUUUUUGAUUGGUUGUAACUUUGCUCUUCAAGUAAUGACUUCAAUUCAUACCAUCUACCGACAGGAAGAGCUGUAAUAAUUAAAUAUUGUAAUACAGUUGGCAUUGGUAAUGUAAUUGCAACAUGCACGGAAAUGGAAUGAUAUUGAUGUGGAUGAACAACUAGGGGUAAGGUAUUUUUUUCACAAAAAUCGAGAAGAAAUUUAUGAAAGCCCAUGCAACAGAAAGAAAAAAAGACAGAUGUACAUAUAUCCACUAAGAAUGGAGAAAAUUUC